AUGCAAGGUGCCGGUGGACGGCGAGCGUGGCCUGGUAGUGGGUCACCUGGCGCUCCACGUGGCCGCCCAGCAGGUGGCCCUUCUAGUUGGGCGCCGACUGCUCCGCCUGCCUUCGUGCUUCUUCCUCCCGUCCCCCAGGCAAGUGGCUCUCGCUUGGGACGUCAGCAGCUGUCGUCGCCCGUAGGAAGUGCUUUGCCCAACCCGACCACUCCGCCCACAAUCCCCAAUAUUGCACCAAGAUAUAGGCAGAGUCGUGGAGAUAUGUCACUCUUUGCUCCUGUGGACAGAAGGGUCAUUGCGCAAGCGGCGGGAAGUUCCCUGCGUCGACAAGACUCUGGCGGGUUUCGAGUGGGCACUGAAGGGGCCCCCACAAGACACAACAGCCAAACCACGUUGAGGAGCCCCGCUGCUCGAGUUGAGCAGCGCGGAGUGGCGGCGCUCCAUGGAAGCUCGUCCGCUUCUGCAACCCGCAUGGCCCGCCAUACCGCUGGGCCUUCCAGCGAAAGAUUGCCGUCGAAUACGGUGGGAAGAUCCCAACCAGGAAGCGGCAGUCACUCAAGGACGAGGCAUACAGCAGAAAAUUUGUUCGACGAGGUGUUCGAUGCGUUCGGCCCUAUGAGCUUUAUGGAUGAUCAAGUAGCCGGCAGUGGUUUGGCCAGGCUGCCCACUCUCGAGGAGAUGGAGGAACGGAUGAGGAGAAGCUCUGAGAAUUCAUUUUCUGGAGGGUCUGCACUGCCUUACACCAGUGUUAGAGGUCCUCCAUCAACUCGGGGGUUUCCAUUCGUUUCUGCGUUGCAGCGGCCAGGAUCGGGUGCGACAAAUCACCGGAGCCACAGCCAUGAGCCACGGUCUCGUGUGUCUGUUAUCGAUGAGAGGUAUCUGUGGAGCGGUGGUGGUGCAAGGCCCAGGCGCUCACGUGAGGGGUCCAGCGAUUUCUUGAGGACCCCGGGAAGGAGCGAAGGAACAUCCUUGUUUGAUAGCGUGUUUGGAGAAAGUCUUGGGGCUCGCAUUCACCGUGGCGUGGCUGCCAACAUGGUCCGGUCUUUUCUUUCUUCCUUGGCGGGCCCUCUCGAGUUGCCGUGGCGAGGGCCAUGGGAGGUUCGGGUGGGGCUUUCUCUCCCUACUGGCCUUCGAGCUGAGCAUCAGAGGCACUUCCGACGCGUCAUUGGGGGUCGCCGUCCCCCUUUUGUUCUUUUUGCGGCUGCAUCCGCCGAUCCGGCAAAUUUUGACUUGUUUGAGCACAACCUUGGGUGGUUCUUAGACGAAAUCGAGUGCAGUUUCGCCCUUGACGAUUUGGACGACCUCGAAGCCCCUCUCAUGCUCGUUGUUUCUGGAGGGGAUGCUGGAGAUGGGGACGACUUCGUACCUCAGAUAUGGGCAGACGCCAAUGGAACUCGCGUUACGCUUCAACAGCUUUCAGAGGCACGAUGCCUUCGCGACAACCUGGGCCAGCACACAUUCAAAUGGACUUUUGGAAAAGCCGAGCAGGGGCAUGGACACUCCACUACAGCUCAUGGAGUGAAUGCACCAGCAGGAACAGGUGGGGGAAGGUCCCAGCAGACACAGAGGGGUCGGACACUUGAUGCUUCAACGGAUGCUGCAACCGAAGAUUCAGAUGCAGGCGCACAAACCGAGACGCACAACGGCUAUGAUUGCUGUAUCUGCCUGAGUGCCUUCGAACCUGGCGAUGUUCUCUUAACUUUGAGGUGCCUUCAUAUAUUCCACGAACGUUGCAUUGACAGGUGGAUCAUGACGAGUCACAGCGUGAAGUGCCCGUUGUGUUCGACGAAAAUCGCCGAGUCACCCAGUAAUGAUCAGGUUGACGCAUAG